AUGGUUGAUUACAGGCGGCGAGAUUCAAUUGACAAAAUCGCUGUCCCUAACAUUAAGGAUCCAUGCCUGCAAGCCCCUGUUCGCACUGUUGCGCCCCCUAUGGCCAACCAUGAUGUCCCUGACUCUACAGACUGGCUCACGACGCCACUAACUGCCCUUGCCGUAGUCGAAAGUGCUUUGCGAUGUCAAAUAUGCAAGGACUUCUACAAAACCCCCAUGAUCACAACUUGCUGCCAUACCUUUUGCUCACUAUGCAUCCGACGGGCUUUGUCCAAUGAGGGCAAAUGCCCCUUGUGCCGCGCAUCAGAGCAAGAGCUCAAGCUGCGGAGCAAUUGGGCAAUGGAAGAAGCUGUGCAAGCAUUCAUCAAUGCCAGACCAACAACUCUAGACCUGGCGCGAAACGCAAAUACCAAGACAAGCUCAAAACGAAAAGCAGUCCAGGAUCAUCAUGAGUUGGGAGAUACACCAGAUGGCAAGCGACUACGGUCAUCCACGCGACUGCGCAACACUCGGUCCCACCCCUCAUAUACAGUUCCUGCUGAAGAAGACGAGACUGUCCAAGUCUCAGAGGGUGAUGAGGAUUUCCAACCGGAGCCAGAGGACGGCCUUGUCGCGUGCCCAGUUUGUGAAAGUCGAAUGAAGGAAUGGCAGGUUUUCAAGCACCUCGAGACAUGUACAGGACCUGUACAAAGGCCACGGGGAAACCCUGGCAGCAGCUCAAACACCAGCGUCAGCCAACAACGACAUCAGACAAAGGCUCCGGACCGCCUCCCUGCAAUAAAUUACUCCAUGUUCAAGGACCAAGCUUUGCGAAAGAAGAUGGCUGAUCUUGGUAUUUCAAAUCAGGGCCCUCGAAUUCUUCUGGAGCGCCGACAUAAAGAGUGGAUGACGAUAUGGAAUUCAAACUGCGACGCUGCACGCCCAAGGAAACGUCACGAAUUGUUACAUGAUUUGGAUGUCUGGGAGCGAACACAGGGAGGACGAGCUCCAACAACAGGGCGAUCUAUACAGAAUGCAGCAAUUAUCAAGGACAAAGACUUCGACGGUGCAGCAUGGGCAGCCAAACAUGACUCGUCCUUCAAAGACUUGAUUGCAAAUGCAAAGAGGACUAGGCUUGAGGCCAAAAAGAAGGCUGAGGACGUUGCUAACGAGUCGAAAAUGGACGGAAUUACAACACCGCAGGAGAGCAGCGAUCGGUUGCAAGACAAUUCUGCAGACUGGCGGACUGUGUCAAGAUCCUCAGCCUUUCCAUCAAGACCGGCUGAAGGAAUCCCAGGUCGAACGUCACAUUCCGAUAGUUCAUCGCCUGAAUCAUCGCGCUCUCAGUCUAAGGACCACCGAGGGAGCACCAGAGAUUCGAGCAGACAUCCAUCAGACACCCGCAGGGACAGGCUCUCACAAGACUGA